UUUGCUCGAAUAGUAAAACUUAGGACAGAUCAAAGUGUUUUACCGAUUGCUUACUUUAGAACAGAAUUAUUAUCCACUUUGUCUAAGCAUCAAGUUGUAAUAGUUGCUGGUGAUACUGGUUGUGGAAAAUCAACUCAGGUACCACAGUACUUAUAUUAUGGUGAAUCUGAUUCAAAUGAUGCACCUGGGCCUAACUCUUAUCAGAAUAUUGCUGUUACUCAACCUCGCCGUAUCGCGUGCAUUAGUUUGGCCGCACGUGUAAGUACUGAAAUGUUAAAUGAAAGAGGCUCUAAGGUUGGAUAUCAA